GGAUUCUGGUGGUUUCGGCGCCUCUCGGCCGGAAAGCUCCGACCUGCCUCGUGCAGUCAACAACAACAACAACAACAACAACGACAACAACGACAACACCGCCGCUGUCGCACGCACGCGUGAGAACCCCGACGUGAUGCUUCCGCCGGCGUCCCAUUCAACCGCGCGUGUCGGGACCCUCCCUUCAGACGGGCGUGCGCGCGCGCGCGCUGGCGGCGAGACGACGGCAUUGUCAGGGCGGCGAUCGAACACCGACCGCCGACUGACACGCAGAGACACAGAGAGAGAGAGAGAGGGAGAGAGAGUGAGAGGGGGGGAGAGAUCCAUAUAACGGGAUCCGCGCCGCGAUAUUUCCCUCCUGCGGCGAUGUAAAGAUGGCGAGAGUGGUCCACAACUUGCUGCUGCUCCCCGUCCGACUCGCGCACAGGGUCCGAGUGUGGGGCUACUGGUCGCUGAUCUACGGCUACUGCGCCCUGGGCGCCGUCGUGGCGCUGCUGAAACUUUGCUGGAGCGUCCUCCUGCGGCCGACGGCCACCUUCCGGUGGGCGAUCCGCGACGCUCCCCCGGCUUGUCUGAACGACACGUCCUUGGGCACCCACUGCUAUGUCCGGAUCAAGGAGUCGGGCCUGAGGUUUCACUAUGUCGCUGCUGGAGAAAGAGGAAAGCCGCUCAUGCUGUUUCUACACGGCUUCCCCGAGUUCUGGUUCUCCUGGCGAUACCAGCUGCGCGAGUUCAAGAGUGAGUUCCGCGUCGUGGCCGUCGACAUGCGGGGCUACGGGGAGUCCGACCUGCCGCUCUCCGCCGAAAGCUACCGCUUCGAGCACCUGGUGACUGACGUCAAGGACAUCGUGGAGUACUUAGGGUACAACCGAUGCUGCCUGGUGGGCCACGACUGGGGCGGGACCGUGGCGUGGCUGUUCGCCAUUCACUACCCCGAGAUGGUGACAAAGCUCAUCGUCCUGAACUGUCCCCACCCCUCCGUGUUCACAGAUUACGCUCUGCGCCACCCGAGCCAGCUGCUGAAAUCCAGUCAUUUCUUCUUCUUCCAGCUGCCCCGCUUCCCGGAGCUCAUGCUCUCCAUCAACGAUUUUAAGGCACUGAAGGCCUUGUUCACCAGUCGCAGCACGGGGAUCGGGAGGAAAGGCCGCUGGCUCACUGCCGAGGAUCUGGAAGCCUACAUGUACGCACUCUCACAGCCGGGAGCUCUGACCGGAGCCCUCAACUACUUCAGGAAUGUCUUCAGCUCCCUCCCCCUGAGCCAGAACCACGUCAGGUCUCCGGUGCUGCUGCUGUGGGGCGAGCGCGACCCCUUCCUGGAGCAGGAGAUGGCCGAGGCGUGCCGCCUCUACAUCAGGAACCACUUCCGUCUCAACAUCAUCUCCGGGGCCAGUCACUGGCUGCAGCAGGACCAGCCCGACAUCGUCAACACCCUCAUGUGGACCUUCCUCAAGGAGGGAGAGGGACGCAAAAGCUACAGGAACUAAAUCCACGCAGCAUCAGCAGCAGCAGCAGCAGCAGCAGCAGCAGCAGCCUCCACCUCCAGCAACGCUCGCCUCUGCUUUCACUCGCCCCCACACCCGGGAAGCCUGGAAUAUGCCUGUGAUGCCAAGCAACAUAGUGAUGAUGCAAUCAUUCUUUUAAAAAUCCUAACACAUUCAAGUAUUUUUUUAAAGACGUCGGCGGUAACGGAAACUUAAGAAUCAAAAGCACACUUCACUAGGGGAGGACACUGAGCAGUCUGUGCGACGCGUAUAUUCCAGAUGUUUUUUGCACAUGACACUCGCCUUAAAGUUUGUCGGUUACAGCAUUACAAAUGUGUGGCAAAGAAUCUCCUCGUAUUGUGCGCGUGUGGUGCCUUUUUUUUAACUUUCGAGUUUGUCGCUUUGUAAAGAUGUUCAGAGAGAUCGGCACGUGGCUGAUUGUCUGCUUAUACUCGUGUGUGUUCCACUCUACUUCGGGCACAGACCUUUGGGAGCCGUAACGCUCCCAAUCCCUUUAUCAGGUAGAGAUGUCUAAAGGAGUUGUCCUUUUGUUUUUUCCUUAAAUUUUUCUUUUCCUCAAAUGUGGAUAAUGUGGUUUUCUUGAUCUUCCUGUAAAGACAUAAGUCAGUAAACUAUUGUAUUAUUUUGUAUCUCUUCCUACACACUGCAUUUUGAAAUUCACUGAGCCAGGUCUACACCACUUUGAUUUUAUAAAUAAACUGGAUAAGUGUCAA